AUGAAAAAGAAUAUUAUAACGAAACAAAUUAUAAAGCAGAGAAAAAGAUCAAAUCUUUAUGUCGGCAUUUUAACGCGGUCAUAAACAUAUCAUUAAUGCUUAGAGAACUAUUAUCAGUAAACCUCAGUAUAAUAUAUGUGAAUAGUAUUUUUCGCUUUUGCUGUAUCUUUAUUAUGCUAAUUUCAAUACCUGCAGUGUCGUGGUUGGACAGAAUUGUAACCAUCAUGUACGCAUCAGGUGGAGUAGUGCAGCUUUUCAUAUUGACAUCUUGUGUGCAACAAUUAUUGGAUGCAAGUGUUGAGAUAACGGAUCAAGCGUUUCACGAGGAAUGGUAUCGAUAUGGUACUUCCAUAAAAAGUACAUUUAUGUUUAUGAUAAUGGUUAAUAAUAUGGGACUUAAAAUUUCAAAAUUUGAAAAAUACAGUAUGUCUCGCACCUCGUUUAUGACGAGUAAUUCUUAUCAUAAAGACAAUUCCGAGUUUAUGGACUUCGAGAGCAUGAAUCCUUUAAAUCUCUGGUUAAACUUACUCUCCGGCAAUCUAUUACCGAUAAAUUCCGGCGAAUCAUCGUAUCCGAUAUACUGGAAAAUAUACUGUGUCUCUGUAUGGUUGCUGGAAUUGGUUCACACAGCCACAUUGAUCAGUGGUUGUUUCUUUGUACCGAUAGAAAAGGUCCUCAAUGAUGGUUUAAUCAGCUUAGCAGUCAUCGCAGAAAUAUUCUUUAUGGUUACGCGAAUUUAUAUGCAAAGAGAACUUGUAGUACAGUUGAUACGACAAUUGAAUGAUAUUUUACGCGUUAAGGAUGAGACUAUGAUUAAUAUCGUGAAGGCAAAUGUGAAACCAAUGGAGACGAGCGGCAGCAUGGAUUUUCAAAGUGUAAAUCCCCUCAAUGUUUGGCUGAACAUAAUCUCCGGCAAUCUCUUACCGAUGUCUACUGAUAAUUCGUCUUUUCCUGUAUUCUUGAAGAUAUAUAGCGUUUUAGUGUGGUUCCUCGAAGUAGUUCAAACGUGCGUGCUAAUUCCCGGAUGCUUUCUGGUACCUAAAGAGAAAGCUUUGAAGGACGGAUUGGUCGCCCUCGUGGUCACUGUUGAGGUGGUCUUCAUGGUCGUACGAAUUUAUUCGCGUAGGAGUCUAGUGCAAGAAUUGAUCCGCAAAUUCAAUGACAUUCUGCGCAUGGAAGACGAGAUGAUGAAAAAAAUUGUAAUAGCAACCCUGAAGACCACGGAGAUUCCUAUUAAGUUCUACUGGACGGCUGGCGUGAUGUCCAUAGUAAUGUGGAGUGGCACACCGCUUGCUUUGAUUUUUCAUAGGAAUUUUUUCUUCUACGUAGAUUAUAGGAUGCCGGUGGCCUUCUCUAAAGAGCCGGUCACAACCACUGUCUUCGUGAUCGGAAGUUUUAUCAUAAUGAUAAGCAGCAUGUACAUUUUUACAAAGAAAGUUAGCGUGGAUAGCUACAUGAUGCAUAUGAUAUUGCUGAUAACCGCGCAAUAUAAAUAUAUUGCGUUGAAGCUGUCGAUGAUAUUUAAAGAUGGACUCUUGCAGAGUGAUCGCAAUAGUUCUAAUGAAAAAGAAUAUUAUUUAGAAAAAGAUAACGACGCGGAAGAAAAGAUUAAAAAUAUAUGUCGGCAUCAUAACACGAUUGUUCGGAUAACAUUGAUGCUAAGUGAUUUGUUGUCCUUAAAUUUUAGUCUAAUAUACGUGAACAGCGUUUUGCGAGUUUGCGGCAUUGCUAUCAUGGUGUUUGCAAUACCAUCAACAACUCCGUUGGAAGGAUCCUUGAUCCUCAUGUACGCAUCGGGUGGAAUAUUGCAGCUUUACAUAUUGUGCUCUUGUGUACAACAGUUAUUAGAUGCAAGUGUUGAAAUAACGGAUCAAGCAUUUCACGAGGAGUGGUACCGAUAUAGAACAUCCGUAAAACGCAAAUUUAUGUUAAUGAUAAUGGCUAAUAAUUUAGAUAUUAAACUUUCAACAGCAACUUCUAUAAGAGACUUCUUUAUUACUAAACUCAUGGACUUCGAGAGCAUGAAUUCGUUUAAUAUCUGGCUGAACCUCCUCUCAGGCAAUCUAUUACCGAUAAAUUCCGAUAAAUCUUCGUUUCCGAUAUAUUGGAAAAUAUACUGCGUUUUUGUCUGGUCAGUGGAAAUUAUUACCACAGUUUUGUCAAUUUUUGGUUGCUUCUUUAUACCGAUAGAGAAAAUCGUCAACGAUGUCUUAAUCAUCUUCAUAAUCACCGCAGAAGGAAUGUUUAUGGUUAUGCGAAUUUUGAUGCAAGAAAAACUAGUGAAGGAAUUGAUACGAGCACUGAACAACUUUAUGCGCAUUAAGGAUACAAUGAAGGAUAAUAUUAUAGAAAGAAAUUUGAAACCUAUGAAGAUUCCAUUCAGAUUUUAUUUAGUAAUGGGCGUACCUUCUGUUUUCGUAUAUUGUGGCAUUCCAUUUCUUUUGGCGUUUGAAAAAAGUUCUUUCUACUACGUAGACUUCAAGAUGCCGGCCAUAUUUUUUAAGGAACCAUUUUCUAUUGGUCUUUUCAUGGUAGGCAAUACUAUGGUAUUAAUCGCCAACAUAUAUAUUUUUAUUAAGAAGGUCAGCGUAGACGUUUAUAUAACAUACCUGAUAGCGUUAAUAACGGCACAGUAUCAGUACAUUGCUACAAAACUCGUACUGAUAUUUCAAGACGAUAAUCCGCAGAAUAAUUAUGCCAGUUUGUCAAAGGAUUUCGAGAUAAAUUCUGCAGAAAGAAAAAUCAGAAUCUUAUGUCGGCAACAUACUUCUGUCAUACGGUAA